GGGUGCACCCGAUCUUGGCUACUCGCUCCCCGGAGGGGUACCCGGUUUCUUGCCCCUACCCGAAAAUGGCUGGGCUGUUCGGCCAAACCCCAUGCACACAAGUACACGUCAGCAAUGCCUUGCCCUCGUAUUCGGACGUUCUGACGGCAGGCGGGGGCGGACCCACCGCUGGCGGUGACUCUCUCGCUUGGGGGAAACGGCAUCAGGCAGGCGAGUGUACGCCAAGCCGCCACCCACACACAACCCUGCCGCGGCCCUCUUCUCCUUCAUCAAGACCUAUGUCGAAGUGGCUGGGAUUGCGAAGAUCGGGCGCCCGGUCCCCCACAUCGUCGGCAAGUGCCCUUCCCCCUGAUGACGUUCCCGCUUUCCUCGGGAAGCAAAAUAGCAGCGUUGCGGCAUGUUCUACUCCAACGCCGAGGACGGGCCGGAGACGCUCGAGCGAGGAGACCGUUGACGCAGACACAUCCCGACGCUCGUCAAGAGAUGACGAGGACGCUCAAAAAGGGGCUGCACCCGCGGAUCAUGGGCGUGGUCCUGGUGAUGGUGUGUCGGACGAAUGCUGUGACUGGGAAGUGGUCCAACAUACCUCUGCCGAUUUCUCAGGCCUUGUUAGUGUGGGCGGUGAAGCGGAAGCCGAGAGACCACUUUCUCCGGGAGUGGAUUUCAGCGCGGCGUACAUGGUUGAUAGGGAAGGAGAGGAAGGGCGGCAGGCCGGAGCUAGUGCCUCUGAUUGCGACGGGAAUGACACCUGCAGAUGGAGAGACGCGGCCAGCAUCCAUAGCUUUCUUGUCCGCGGGCCAACUUAUCUUCAGGUGGGUGCAUCUUUGUCCUGUGCACCAGCAAAGGCGAACUGA